CUGUAUCACUCUAAAUCUAACUGCCAUAAUUGCUAUCGAAGAUAAUUAAACAACGAAUAGGAGCAUGGCAACAAAUCCUCCUGGACAAGGUUUUCAAAAUAAGAAUCGAGUAGCAAUCCUGGCAGAACUAGACAAGGAGAAAAGGAAAUUACUUAUGCAAAACCAAUCUUCCACAAAUCAUCCUGGAGCCAGCAUUGCCCUCUCCAGGCCCCCCCUUAAUAAGGAUUUUCGUGAUCAUGCUGAACAACAGCACAUUGCAGCGCAGCAGAAGGCUGUCUUACAGCAUGCUCAUGCACAUUCUUCGGGAUAUUUCAUAACUCAGGACUCUGCAUUUGGAAAUCUCAUUCUUCCCGUUUUGCCUCGGCUGGACCCAGAAUGAAGGAAACAUUUGCUGGGAAAAAUAACUUUGUAAAAUGAACUGCCAAAGUUACUAUCAUUCUGAUUCACUCUGUGCUAAGAAAUGACUCACAUUUUUUUGUGUGAGAUUUUGUAUCUCAUGCCUUGUUACAAGAAAGGCACUUUACAUCUAUGCAGGUGAAAUGUACAUAAAUGGUGCAUGUUAUACACGGUCUGUAACCAUUCUGUAAUGCACUUCAUUUAUU